AGAGAGACGGAGAGAGAUAGAGAAAGGAGGAGGGGGGUGCGUUCUGAAAUAAUAUAGUCAGCCAUUUUUUAUGUAAGGGGAUUUUUUCUUAUUGGGGGGUUGUUAAAAAAUAAAUAUAAGAGGGCGGCCAUCUUUGUUGCUCUGCCUAGUGUAAAAUAUUUCAAAACGCCCCCCACUUUUUUCUGUGCCGAUUUGAAUAUUAAAUAAAUAUCACACAUUCGGGGCAAGAAUAUGCUUUUUUGAAUACAAGGACGGAUCCAAUGACAGGAAUAUAAUGUCCUCUCCUCUCCGAUCCUGUGAGGAAGACGAGGGCAUGGUGGUUAAUUCCGAGGGAGGAGAUUUUGAUGAAGAAGACGACGACCGAGACCUAGACGAGAACGCAAGCGACAUAAACUCGCCGGCGGCGCCUCGGGAAACUGCAACACCAGCCGCGCCAGACGAAGAGGCAGAUAUAUCAGACAGAGAAGUCCCGUGCAGGAAGAAAGGGCGGCCGAAGAAAAAGAAGGACACAAAGAAGAAAGACAAAGAGGGGAAACCUGUCAAAGCAAAAAAACGCAAGAAGAUUGACAGCGAUGUAGAGAGAGAAUCAGACAGAGAAAGAGACUACGGCGAGAACUCGGACAGCAUAGCCAGCGACUAUGGAUCUGGAGAGAAAAAGAAAAAGAAGAAACAUAAAGAAAGGAAGGAGAAGAAAACCAAGAAGAAGAAAAAAGUCGAUGGGGACCGAGACAGCAGUCAGGAGGAAUCAACAAAGCAGCCAAUAGAGCAGAAGACCUCGGCCCAGCUGGCGAAGGAGUGGGGUCUGGAGGAUGUUGAUCAUACCUUCACAGAGGAGGACUACAGGGAACUCACCAACUACAAGGCCUUCAGCCAGUUCAUGAGGCCAAUGAUAGCCAAGAAGAAUCCUAAGAUCCCCAUGUCAAAGAUGAUGACCAUCCUGGGGGCCAAGUGGAGAGAGUUCAGCUCUAACAACCCCUUCAAGGGUAACGCUGCUGCUGUUGCGGCAGCGGCGGCAGCUGCUGCGAUCGCUGUUGCCGAGCAGGUCUCCACAGCGAAUGCCUCGCCUGAGCCACCGCCACUGCCGCCACCGCCGCCACCAAUCAGAAAGGCAAAGACGAAAGAAGGCAAAGGCCCUGGCUUUAAAAAGCGCAGUAAAAGUCCUCGAGUCCCGGACAAGAAAAAGGCUGCCGCAAAGGCUAAAAAGAUGGCACCCAUUCGUAUUAAGCUAUCACCUAUAGGUGCCAAGAGGAAGAAGAGUUGCUCAAGCGAGGACAUGGAUGAGGAUGAGUCGGAGCAGGAGGACUCCAGCGUUCACAGCUCCUCGGUUCGCUCCGACAGCUCUGGUCGCGUCAAGAAGAACAAGCGAGGACGGCCUGCCAAAAAGAAGAAGAAAAUUACAAUCCCAGGUGAAGAGGAUGGCGACGGCUAUGAGACGGAUCAUCAGGACUACUGCGAGGUGUGUCAGCAGGGCGGAGAGAUCAUCCUGUGUGACACUUGUCCUCGAGCUUACCACCUCGUCUGCCUUGAGCCUGAGCUGGAGAAGGCCCCCGAGGGCAAGUGGAGCUGCCCGCACUGCGAAAAAGAAGGAAUCCAGUGGGAAGCAAAGGACGAGGACUUUGAGGAUUUCGAGGAGGACAGCGAGGACAGAGUGAUAUCAGAGGUCAGCAUUGGGGUCCCCGCCGGGGCGGAAGAGGAAGAUGACGACCACAUGGAGUUCUGUCGGGUGUGUAAAGACGGAGGUGAACUGUUGUGCUGCGACACCUGCACCUCCUCCUACCACAUCCACUGUCUAAACCCGCCACUGCCAGAGAUCCCCAACGGAGAGUGGCUGUGUCCGCGAUGCAUGUGUCCGCCUAUCAAAGGACGUGUCCAGAAGAUCCUCCACUGGAGAUGGGGUGAACCUCCGCCUCCCAUCCCGGUUCCCCCCGCUCCUGACGCACCACCUGAUGCCCCCCCGCUGCCACCCAUGAAGGGCAGAGCCGAGAGAGAGUUCUUUGUCAAGUUGACUGGGCAGUCCUUCUGGCAUUGUACCUGGAUCACUGAGCUGCAGCUGGAGAUCUUCCACUCUGUGAUGUUCAGAAACUACCAGAGGAAGACGGACAUGGACGAGCCUCCCAGUCUGGAUUACGGGUCGGGCGGAGAGGACGAGAACGGAGUGGGAAAGAGCGAGAAGAGGAGGGCCAAGGACCCCCAGUAUGCCAUACUGGAAGACAAGUACUACAGAUUUGGGAUCAAGCCUGAGUGGAUGAUGAUCCACCGCAUCAUCAACCACAGUGUGGAUAAGAAGGGGACAUACCACUACCUGGUGAAAUGGAGGGACCUGACCUAUGACCAGUGCACCUGGGAGAGAGAUGACCUGGACAUCCCAGAAUUUGCAAUUUACAAGGGCAACUACUGGAAGCACAGAGAUGCAAUAAUGAAGGAGGAUCCAGACAAACCCAGGAGGAUGAGGAGCAAGAUCCAGGAGGGUGAAGAGGAGUCUCCUGCCUCGCCGGUCACUGAUCCUACAAUAAAAUACGAGGAACAGCCCGACUUUGUCACAUCGACGGGUGGGACGCUGCACCUGUACCAGCUGGAGGGUCUGAACUGGCUUCGGUUUUCCUGGGCUCAGGGCACAGACACAAUCCUGGCAGACGAGAUGGGCCUGGGCAAGACCAUCCAGACCAUCGUCUUCCUCUACUCACUCUUUAAAGAGGGUCACACUAAGGGUCCGUUCCUGGUCAGCGCUCCGCUCUCCACCAUCAUCAACUGGGAGAGGGAGUUUGAGAUGUGGGCGCCCGACUUCUACGUGGUGACAUACACGGGAGACAAGGACAGCCGAGCUAUCAUCAGAGAGAACGAGUUCUCCUUCGACGACACGGCUGUCAAAGGAGGGAAGAAGGCCUUCAAACUGAGGAGAGAGGCUCCUAUCAAAUUCCACGUGCUGCUGACCUCCUACGAGUUGGUGACCAUUGACCAGACGGCGCUCAAGUCCAUCGACUGGGCCUGUCUGGUGGUGGACGAGGCUCACCGGCUCAAGAACAACCAGUCCAAGUUUUUUAGGCGUCUGAACGACUAUAAGAUCGACCACAAGCUGCUGCUGACAGGAACUCCACUACAGAACAACCUGGAGGAGCUGUUUCACCUGCUCAACUUCCUCACACCCAACCGCUUCAAUAACCUUGAUGGCUUCCUGGAAGAGUUUGCCGACAUCUCCAAGGAGGACCAGAUCAAGAAGCUCCACGACCUGCUGGGGCCUCACAUGCUGCGGAGGCUGAAGGCAGACGUCUUCAAGAACAUGCCCUCCAAAACCGAGCUGAUUGUCAGAGUGGAGCUGAGCCCUAUGCAGAAAAAAUACUACAAGCUGAUUCUGACCAAGAACUUUGAGGCUCUGAACUCAAAAGGUGGAGGAAACCAGGUCUCCCUGCUCAACAUUAUGAUGGACCUAAAGAAGUGCUGCAACCACCCCUACCUCUUCCCUGUCGCCUCCAUGGAAGCCCAAAAAACCCCAACCGGUGCUUACGAGGGGUCGGCCCUCACUAAGGCCUCUGGGAAACUGACGCUGUUGCAGAAAAUGCUGAGUAAACUGAAAGAGCAGGGGCACCGAGUACUGGUCUUCUCACAGAUGACUAAGAUGCUGGAUUUACUAGAAGAUUUCUUAGACCAUGAAGGUUACAAGUAUGAAAGAAUUGAUGGAGGCGUCACAGGAGCACUGAGACAAGAGGCCAUUGACCGCUUCAAUGCUCCUGGUGCUUGUCAGUUUUGUUUCUUGCUCUCCACCAGAGCGGGAGGUUUAGGCAUCAACUUGGCCACAGCAGACACAGUUGUCAUCUUCGACUCUGACUGGAACCCUCACAAUGACAUACAGGCGUUCAGUCGAGCCCACCGAAUCGGGCAAGCCAACAAGGUGAUGAUCUACCGCUUCGUGACGCGAGCCAGCGUGGAGGAGCGCAUCACCCAGGUGGCCAAGAGAAAGAUGAUGCUGACCCACCUGGUGGUCCGGCCAGGCCUGGGCUCCAAAGCUGGCUCCAUGUCCAAACAGGAACUGGAUGACAUCCUCAAGUUUGGAACGGAAGAGCUCUUCAAGGAUGAAGUCGAACGUAUGAAGAAUAGUUCGGGGGAUAAAGUUGAGGACGAGGGCAGCGUGAUCCAUUACGACAGCGUUGCCAUCGAGAGGCUGCUGGACCGAAGCCAAGACGCCACAGACGACUCGGACGUCCAGAACAUGAACGAGUACCUCAGCUCCUUCAAAGUGGCCCAGUACAUGGUCCGAGAGGAGGAUAAGAUCGAGGAGAUCGAGCGGGAGAUCAUUAAACAGGAGGAGAACGUGGAUCCGGAUUAUUGGGAGAAACUGUUGCGGCAUCACUACGAGCAGCAACAAGAGGACCUGGCGAGCAAACUGGGCAAAGGCAAGAGGAACCGCAAGCCUGUCAACUACAACGAUGCUGCACAGGAAGACCAAGAGUGGCAUGCUGACAUUUCAGAUAACCAGUCCGAGUAUUCAGUGGGCUCCGAGGAGGAGGACGAGGACUUUGAUGACCGGCCAGAAGGUCGACGGCAGUCACGUCGCCAGUUGAGGAAUGAGAAGGAUAAACCUCUGCCUCCUCUUUUGGCCAGAGUGGGAGGCAACCUUGAGGUGCUGGGCUUUAACACACGGCAGCGAAAGGCUUUCCUGAACGCAGUGAUGCGCUGGGGGAUGCCGUCUCAGGACGCUUUCUCCUCUCAGUGGCUGGUCAGAGACCUCAGGGGCAAGACUGAGAAAGAAUUCAAAGCUUACGUGUCUCUCUUCAUGCGUCACUUAUGCGAGCCAGUGGCUGACGGGGCGGAGACGUUCGCAGAUGGUGUGCCGAGGGAGGGCCUGUGUCGCCAGCCAGUCCUCACCCGCAUCGGCGUCAUGUCUCUCGUCAAGAAGAAGAUCCAGGAGUUUGAGCACAUCAACGGGCGGUGGAGCCUUCCAGAGCUCAAGCCUGAGGUCAUCAUAAACAAAUCCUCCUCCAGGGCCUCCUCUCCUGCCGUGAAGACCACCACGCCCACCCCCGAAGCCAGCUAUAACAACACACCUUGUACCUCAGAGCCAGCGACUCCUGCUCCAUCAGACAAGCUGGAAAAGAACGGAAAGGAGGGAGAGAAGGACAAAGAGGAAGGCGAGGCCCAGUCUGACAAAGAGAAAGUGAAGGAGAAAGAAAAGGAUGAGGGGAAAGAGGUGGACAGCAACAGGACUGCAGAGCCUGAAGAGCUUUCCUCCACGACAAAAGACACAUCCCAAAAUGCAUCCCCUAAUCAAAAAAACGAAGGCAAAGAGGACAGCGACAUGAAAAAAGAGGAGAAGAAGGAAACAACUGACACUUCAGCUGCCACAACAGAGGAGAAAAAGGUACAAGAGGAGAGUAAAGAAGAGAAAAAACAAGACACAGAGGUCAAAGAAGAGAAAUCAGGAGAAAAGCUGGGGGAGGAGAAGGAAAAAGAUAAGCGGGAAGAGACACUCACAGCAACAGAAACGACAGAUGCAAAGGAUAAGACCGAGGUGUCUGAUGUGAAGAAAGAGGAAGUCAAAGGUGAAAAGGAUGCUGGGAAAGAAGUCCGAGCAGCAAGGGAGGAUGUGCCCAAGGGUAACGGGAGGCCUCCCAUUGAGCGACCUCGCUUUAUGUUCAACAUCGCAGAUGGGGGCUUCACGGAGCUGCACACUCUCUGGCAGAAUGAGGAACGAGCUGCCAUCUCCUCGGGGAAGAUGAACGAGAUCUGGCACCGCCGACACGACUUCUGGUUGCUGGCAGGAAUCGUGAUUCACGGCUACGCCCGGUGGCAGGACAUCCAGAAUGACCCCCAGUUCGCCAUCGUCAAUGAGCCUUUCAAAUCACAGGCGAACAAAGGCAACUUCCUGGAGAUGAAGAACAAGUUCCUGGCUCGACGCUUCAAGCUGUUGGAGCAGGCGCUGGUGAUAGAGGAACAGUUGCGACGGGCGGCCUACCUGAACAUGACCCAGGACCCCAGCCACCCGGCCAUGGCGCUCAAUGCGCGCUUUACAGAGGUGGAGUGCCUGGCGGAGUCACACCAGCAUCUCAGCAAGGAGUCGCUGGCAGGCAACAAGCCAGCCAACGCUGUCCUGCACAAAGUGUUGAACCAGCUGGAGGAGCUGCUGAGUGACAUGAAGGCCGAUGUGACCCGGCUACCGGCCACGCUGUCCAGAGUCCCACCUAUUGCCGCCCGUCUUCAAAUGUCCGAGAGGAGCAUCCUCAGCCGACUGGCCAGCAAGGGCACUGAGACGCACACGCCCCCGCCCAUACCUCCAGGACCCUACGCAACCCCUCACAACUACGGAGCCCACUUCACCCCCGCCCCCCCGAGCGCCCUAUACAUGGGAGGGGUCAACUACAGUCAGAUGCCGCCCGGAUCCUUCAUAUCAGAAGCCGCCGCCGCUGCUGGGGCCACCGGUGGAGCUGCUUGGGGAGCCGCCGGAGGGCCAAACGCUGCUUGCCAGAAGACCAAGGAGCACGAUGUGGUGCAGCGGCAGCGAGUGGUGGACCUUUGGAAGGACGGCAAGUCCGAGGGGGCCAUCGGGCAGGAGCUGAGGAUGCCCAAGUCCACGGUGCACAGCAUCAUCGUCAAAUACCGGCUCAGCAACACGGUGGAGAACCUGCCGCGCAACGGGCGACCAAAGAAACCCUGAGGAGACUCCCAAAGAGGAGAGAGGUCAUUUGGAUAAAACACCCAGGAAUUAAACAAAAAUGUGACAGUGAAAGCUGAAAAGGAGAAACGAAAACUUGAAUGCAUGAGGAGGAAGUCCAAAAAGGAUCCAAGGACAGAGCACUUUGACACUGCUGGAAUGUGAGGAAUAUAAAGGGAGAAGAAAAGCUCACUGGUUGUCUCAAAUAAGGACGGGAGGCAAAAAGGAGAGGACAUGAAAAGUAAAAAGAUGUGGCGGCACUUGAAAGAAAACAAGUAAUCAACUGCAGAAAGGGCCAAAAUAAGAAGGGAGAGGUGAAAAGCUGUCUCUGAGAUCAAGCACUAAUGAUGGUUGGGGGAGGGGGGGAUGAGGCAGAGAGACAGGUGGGGAAAAAGAGCAAUGACCUGUCUGGAACAAACAAAUCCUCAAGUAAAGAGAAAAGGCACUACUGAAAAAAAAGCCCCAAAAUCUGUCUUUGAAAGGCAAAGAUGUCUGGACUGUAGAAGGAUGGAAAAAAGAUUGUAUGUUAAUGCAAUCACAGGUUUUCAGGAUUUCAGAUAUGAAGGCCGAAAUGGAGAAAAAUGCAACAAAGGAGGAUUUUUUCUCCUUAAAACUCCUUCUUUUUCUGUUUCUCCCUCUGCGGAGAAAAAGAUUUCCCCCCGGAUCAAUUCUUCAUGCGCCGGCUGACUGAACAAGCCUGUCCCCUCGCUCUGACCCUGUACUCCCUCAUUCCUCCACAGUCCUUCACUCCUCAGUGUCUCUUUCUCAGUCUAACAUACACACAUAUACAUCUAUACACUGUGGACCUCACACACAACCUGAAAACCUGCAAAGAACUUAAUUCUGCUUAGUACAGGCAGAUGGAAUCCAAACUUGGAAUAAAAAGGGAUGAACUCGGAUUAUCUUGCAAAAAAAAAAAGGAAAAAAAGAAAAAGAGUUUAAAACAUUUCUUCCCAUGGACUCCUUUGCCCUAGCAUUCCUAAGUCCAACCAAGUAUAGAAACAAGAACCAUAGAUAUAAAAAAAAAAAAAUAAUAAAAAAAACCUUAGACGUUGCCUUUGUCCAACAGUCAGUAGCAACAUUGCUCUGACCCAAUUGAGCUAUGUACUGUAUUACAAAGCAUUUUUACUAUUGCACCUUUUUUUGUGGGGGGGUCACUUAAAGGGGAAUAUCACUCCAAUGAACUCACAUUUCCUGUUUUUAAGCCUCAUCACAGCAAAUCUGUAUUUACGAGCAGCUCUUCCCCAAAGCUAAAGACUGUAAUCUGUCAUUGAAAGAAAAAGGGGAGACUCACUUUGAAGCCCGAGGAGACAUUUUCGUUCCUGAAGCUUCUUUUUUGUGAUGGAUUCCACACUGGAAAACGUCCCCUGAUCCCCGAGAAAAUAAAACACUCUGGGCUGUGUCAUCGUUUUUCCAGCUCAGUGUGUGUGCAGUAGAGCUGUACAUCUUUGUGACACCCCAGACUAAAGAGCAGGGCAAACUCCUCUGCCUCGUUUCUGGAAGGUAGAGUUUCACAGUUUUUCUAGGAUGUAUGAGUAUUUUUAAGCUAAAAUUGAGUGGUAUUUCCCUUUUAAGAUGGAAGGACAUAAAGACCAGAGAAGUGUAGCAGUGGGGCGGCCUGCAAUGUGAACUGUACUGUAUGUAUAAAGGUUGAGGAAUGCUGUAUGGGUGUGAAAAGAACGUGUUUGUGUGCAUGGUAGCUCUGCCGUUUUUAUCAAAACUAGGUAUUGUUUAAAAUGUACGAUAUUCAUGGCAAUAUGAUACCUGACUUUCUUUACUUAUUCCAAAAAGAUACUUUUUUUUGGAUACCUUACUUUAAGCAAUAUAAGAAUGUUUAUCACGAAAUAAGAUAAACUUUUCAAAUGGUUAAUUUUAACACAAAGCAACCAUACAAGAAUUUUAACAAAAUACUGCCUAAAAGUAGUAAAAUUAUAACUUAAAGCUACAUGAAUCAAUAUUUGUAUAUUAAAAAUGGAUCAAAUUACCAUGUGCAAUAUGAAAGGAGUUACUCAUAAUGACAAACCCACUGAGAAUUAUCCCCCAACUCUGCAGUUCAUUGAUUAAAAAUGAUUUUUCCUGCCAAAGACCUGACAUUUAGUAAGGCUAGUGUUAGUGUGUUAAAAUAAUUAUCUGUCUCAUUUUUUGGGACAGGCUGACGAGGAAUGGAUGCUAAAUUUGUUAAGUUUGCAGUUAAGUGCGUCUUCUUACUUAGCGGAUUCACCAUUCUUCUUCUAUUUUAUCUGGACCUUGAGUCUGUAACUAAAGUUAUAUAUACCUAUCACAACAUAAAUUGAGGAAGAAUUCAAUACACAGGGCCCGGGCUUUUCAUGGAAAGAGUCAUGAGUGCCACUAGGCGUGCAGCCUGGACCCGGCACAUAUCAGUUAAUGUUAAAGUUAAAGCUACCCAACAAAGUUAGCGACUAGCUGGUGAACACAGUGGAGCAUGUAGCAGCUAAAGAGCCAGAUAAUUUAUUUAGGAGUUGGUGGGGACCAAAACAGAGCUAAAAUUGCACUGCCUCUCAGUAGGUGGACAGAAACAACAAAAACGUCAAUGAAUACAGGUUUAAAUCAGGAAAUAUCUGAUAAAAGAAUCUGUAACCAACACUAAGAAUCUGACCAACUUUCAAUAAUCACAUUUCACAUCAUGAAGUGCAAUACACAGCCUUAAAAGAACAACACAGAGAAGCAUAGACAUGCAUGCAAAUAAAAAGUGUUUACAGUGAAAUCCUUGAUUGAUCAUUUUACUUCCAAACUCUUGCAACACAAUGAUUUACAAAACUCUUUUCAAGUCUCAGUCUUCAAGUCUUGGACAGACUAUUAAUUCUAAAAUCAAAGUUGAGCUUUUUUAGUUCCUGAACAGUUGACAGUCCAGAGGCAGAAGGUUCUUCCUGAUGAAAGCUUUUGGCAUAGAUACACUCACGCAAAGCUUUUCAACAAGCAAAAAUGCUGCGUUUCCUGCCAAGAUGGCAGCGUUCACUUCUAUCAGAUAGUAGGCAGGACCUACAGGGAGAGACAUGAUGGCCAGGAAUGUUUUUAUUGCUUUUCUGAACUUGAACCGUCCUAGAGUUUUAGGCACAGUAUAUGAAUAAUGGAAUUCUUAGAGAUACAGUAUGUUCAGACGUGGGCUGUUGGAUUUAUCAUAUAUUUACUCUAACUACAAUUAUCACUGCCAACCUAAAAUGUUUGUGUCUAGUCUGCUGCUACUGUGAAGCUGCGGGCAGCCUGCAGAGAGCGAGGGAUCUGUAUGGAGAAAGAGAUAGAGGAGGAGUUUGGAUGGACAGAGGUGAAGUAUUGGAGAGUGAAUUUGGCAUCGUAGAGGGAAUCUGUUGUACAUUAUCUGUUGUAACACAAGUGUCUCGUUGAAUUCCUCCUGCUUUAUCUUCACCACUUCUUUACCUUAUAUGCCUUUUUUGUAGAGCCCAAGUCAUACUGGAUUUAUGUAAGGCCGAUACCAGCAUGUCAGCGCUAACCUCUGGGACAACAUUGUGUUUCAUGUGACUGCUUCACACGAAAGCCAUCCUGUGUUUUGCUAGUUGAACGUUUUUAAUGUGGAGCAACAGAAGUAGGAAACGUUACAGUUUGGGUUAAGAGAAUGAACAGUGAGGCUGAUAUCGAUGCAAUUAAUUUUCAAAACAAGCUUAUACGCUGAAUCACUUCAUGUGGAUACCUUGUGUGUAGGUAGGUAACACUAACAAUGAAAACUACUAAAUAAUGAGGUAGUUACUGAAUAUUAAAACAUUGGAUGGCUAUUACUGAAAAAAUACAUGUUAUCAAAAGCAGGCUUUGAUUUCAUGAUAUUCGUAAGGAUUAUAACUAUAAGAGGAAUUAAAAAAAAUUGACAAAAAUAGAUUGGCUUAUUUUUUUAUUUAUUUUUUUAUGAAUCCUUAAAAGAUAGAUCCUUUUAAAUUAGAUUUUUGAACAAUUGUGACCGAAACAUGUACAGACCGAACAUUUUGCAGUUGAAAAAUGGACUUGUCAGCGCUCUCUGGUGGACAAAGUAUGCAAUCACAUCUUUGCCAUUGCCGUACUCCACUUUUUGGCUGUAUUAUUGGCCACGGCUACGUAUCGGUCAGGCUCUAUUUUUUCCUCUAUGGGAGCACUCUGCCGUUUUUUUUUCCAUCUCAUCAUCUCUUACUUCUCUCUUCACUUUCUGUCUUCGCUCUACACCCGUAAUUCCUCGUGCUCUUUCACCCAGUCUUUACCUCGAUUUGUUUUGCUUCUUAUCAGAUUUUGUCUGACACACACACACACACACACACACACACACACACACAAGCACACACUGACUCUGUCUCUCUUCUUUCUCUCUAUCCCCUCUGUUGGCCUCCAUUGGCGAAAUGCCACGUGUUCAGAUAAGUGAUCCCCACUCUGGUACACACAAAGUUAUAGUCCUGCCCCCCCUCCCCCUAAACAUCUUCAGCUCAAUACACUCCUUAUCGCAUCUUUGAUCUGCACAGGGGUGUUAUGACAGAUUAUUUUUUUUCCCGUGGAGCGAGUGAGAGAAGUACACUGCUGGUCUAUUCCUGGCUUUGUUUUGAUAGGAGCGCUGAACUUGCCGUUCCACUCCCCCAGCAGAUUCAUGAUAGCGCACAAAUGUGGGAAGUUUAGCUGGCCAGCUGUGCAGUCGUGUAAAAAGAAGUUAAUUUUCAUGCAUGUGUGCGUUUGUGUGUUUAUGACUUUAUGUGCCUGUGUGUGUGUGUGAGUGUGUGCGUGUGUUUACUCGUUGUUGGGCCUCACUUUCUCCAGGUUAAAAGUUUUGCAUUUCUGGGGUUUUAUUAUUAUUGUAAACAUGAUACUGUAUAUGUAAUAUGAUAUAUUGAUUUACUGUAUUAUGCAAGUUCGCUCAUUAAAAAGAUUAUCAAAGUAUUAUCAAGCAAGCCUUGCUGCUUCCCUCUUUCACUAUAUUAUGAUACUUUGAUUGCAUUAUCAUCAAUAAACACGACUGAGAGGAUUGGCUGGUUCCCCCUCAGCACUAGAGAUAUUUUUAGAAACGGGCCGUAUUUCCCAUAAACUUUGCUUUAUGUUGCAAUAGAGGAUGUUACUUCUUCUUGUUC